UAGUAAGAACAUCAUAUAAUAUAUAUAAAAAAAAGAUAGUAAGAACAUAGGUUGGCAACCAUUUUCAAACUAACAAUUGUUUUUUUAUUCUUCAUUCAUUCAUUUCUAAAUUUGCUUGCUACGGCUAGUUUUCCAUCAUCUUUGUUCAAAAAGCUUUUUGUUCAAAUUAGAGUCAUUGGUAAGGAAAUGGAUAUAGAUUCUGCAAGUAUUCAGCCAGUAGUAGAAGAUACUGGAAGCAAGCAAGAAGGUUCAGAGGAGAACAAAGCUAAGGAUGAAAAAACCAAUACAGUACCUUUAUACAAGCUUUUCUCAUUUGCUGAUCCUUUGGAUCGUUUAUUGAUGUUUGUUGGGACUAUUGGUGCUAUUGGGAAUGGAAUCUCCCCGCCCUUGAUGAUUUUAUUAUUUGGAAAUAUGAUCAAUGCAUUUGGAGGAUCAUCAAGCACCAAAGAAGUUGUUGAUGAAGUUUCCAAGGUGUCCUUGAAAUUCGUAUACUUGGCUGCGGGUACCUUUGUUGCGUCUUUUUUGCAAUUGACUUGCUGGAUGAUCACUGGUGAGAGACAGGCUGCAAGAAUUAGAGGUUUAUACCUACAAACUAUUUUGAGGCAAGAUGUGAGUUUCUUUGAUAAGGAAACUAAUACUGGUGAGGUUGUCGGAAGAAUGUCUGGUGAUACCGUUCUUAUUCAAGAUGCCAUGGGUGAGAAGGUGGGACAGUUUCUACAGUUAUUCGCUACAUUCUUAGGAGGUUUUGUCAUAGCAUUCAUCAAAGGAUGGCUUUUAACUGUUGUCAUGAUGUCUGUUCUUCCACUUCUUGUCUUGUCUGGUGCCAUGAUGAGCAUGGUUAUUACAAAAGCAUCAUCCAGUGGACAAACAGCUUAUUCUAAAGCAGCAACUGUAGUAGAGCAGACAAUUGGUUCUAUCAGAACUGUUGCAUCGUUCACCGGAGAGAAACAAGCCAUAGCUAAAUAUGACCAGUCCUUAAUUGAUGCUUACAAAACUGUAGUGAAAGAGGCCCUAGCUUCGGGUGUGGGGUUUGGUUCACUCUACUUUGUUAUUAUUGCUAGUUAUGGUUUGGCAGUAUGGUUUGGUGCAAAAAUGAUAAUAGAGAAAGGUUAUACAGGAGGGGAAGUUGUGACUAUAAUUUUUGCUGUAUUGACUGGUUCCAUGUCUCUGGGACAGGCAUCUCCAAGCUUGAGUGCUUUUGCUGCAGGACAAGCUGCAGCAUUUAAGAUGUUCGAAACGAUUAAAAGGAAGCCAGAAAUUGAUGCUUAUGACACAACCGGGCGAAAGCUUGAUGAUAUUCGCGGAGACAUAGAGCUUAGGGAGGUUUGCUUUAGUUAUCCUACAAGGCCAGAUGAACUGAUAUUCAAUGGAUUCUCUCUUGCAAUACCAAGUGGGACUACUGUAGCUUUGGUAGGGCAAAGUGGGAGUGGAAAAUCCACGGUUGUCAGUUUGAUAGAGAGAUUUUACGAUCCACAAGCUGGUGAAGUUCUCAUUGAUGGUAUCAACCUCAAAGAAUUUCAACUUAAAUGGAUCCGACAGAAAAUCGGCCUAGUCAGUCAGGAACCAGUUCUCUUUACUUGUAGCAUUAAGGAGAAUAUUGCCUAUGGUAAGGAUGGUGCAACCGAUGAAGAAAUCAGAGCUGCAGCAGAACUUGCUAAUGCCACCAAAUUUAUAGAUAAACUUCCUCAGGGACUAGACACAAUGGUUGGUGAGCAUGGAACUCAGCUCUCCGGAGGUCAAAAGCAAAGAGUUGCAAUUGCAAGGGCAAUUCUGAAAGAUCCAAGAAUCCUACUUCUUGAUGAAGCUACAAGUGCGCUUGAUGCGGAAUCUGAAAGAGUAGUACAAGAGGCAUUGGACAGAAUAAUGGUAAACCGAACAACUGUCAUUGUAGCUCACCGCUUAAGCACCAUAAAGAAUGCUGAUACCAUUGCGGUUGUUCAUCAAGGAAAAAUAAUUGAAAGAGGUUCACAUGCUCAUCUCACAAGGGACCCCGAUGGAGCCUAUAGCCAGCUCAUUAGGCUGCAAGAAAUGAAGGGGUCAGAACAGAAUGAUGCAAAUGACACAAACAACUCAAACAGUAUAGUGCUAUCUGAAAGACGAUCUAGUCAUAGAUCUUUAUCCUUGAGAUCUAUAAGUCAAGUAUCAUCUGGAGGUGGAGACAGCGGUCGUCACUCAUUCACAGCGUCAUUUGGUGUGCCGACCACAAUGGUUGGCUUCUCAGAAACCGCGGAUGGUGGAACUCAAGCUCCUCCUUCGAAAGUUUCUUCACCACCAGAAGUGCCACUUUAUCGCCUGGCCUAUUUAAACAAGACAGAAGUUCCCGCCUUACUUAUAGGGACAAUAGCUGCAGUGCUGCACGGUGUAAUAUUACCGGUUUUCGGCCUCUUGCUUUCGAAAAUGAUAAGUAUUUUCUACGAGCCAGCUGACGAACUUCGUCACGAUGCAAAGAUUUGGGCGUCAGUAUUUGUUGGGCUUGGUGUUGCGUCAUUAUUCAUUUUUCCAACUAGAUUCUACUUUUUUGGCAUUGCUGGAGGUAAGUUGAUCAAAAGAAUAAGGAAAAUGUGUUUUGAGAAGGUAAUUCACAUGGAAGUAAGUUGGUUUGAUGAAGCUGAGCAUUCAAGUGGAGCAAUUGGAGCAAGGCUCUCAACCGAUGCAGCUUCGAUUCGAGCUUUGGUUGGUGAUGCACUCGGAUUACUGGUUGAAAAUAUUGCUACAGCUAUAACUGGCUUGGUAAUUGCUUUUGUAGCCAGCUGGCAGCUUGCUCUUGUAAUCCUUGCUUUGGUGCCUCUACUAGCACUUAAUGGAUUUUUGCAAGUGAAGUUCUUGAAAGGGUUCAGCAAUGAUUCAAAGAAAUUGUAUGAGGAAGCAAGUCAAGUGGCGAACGAUGCAGUGGGAAGUAUAAGAACAGUUGCUUCUUUCUGUUCUGAAGAGAAGGUGAUGGACCUAUAUAAGCAAAAAUGUGAGGGACCAAUUAAGACAGGCAUAAGGCGAGGGAUAGUAAGCGGAUUUGGUUUUGGGAUAUCAUUUUUCAUGUUGUAUGCAGUUUAUGCAACCAGUUUUUAUGCUGGAGCGCGUCUCGUUGAGGAUGGAAAAUCUUCAUUCUCGGACGUUUUUCGUGUAUUUUUUGCUCUAAGCAUGGCAGCUAUAGGACUCUCUCAAUCCGGGUCGAUGGUAUCUGAUUCAACUAAGGCAAAAAGUGCAGCUGCUUCCAUAUUUGCUAUUCUUGACAGGAAAUCACUCAUAGAUCCAAAUGAUGAAUCAGGAAUGACAUUGGAAGAAGUCAAGGGUGAAAUUGAGUUAAAGCAUGUCAGUUUCAAGUAUCCUACUAGACCCGAUGUUCAAAUAUUCAGAGAUCUUAGCUUGACUAUUCACACUGGCAAGACAGUUGCACUUGUUGGAGAAAGUGGAAGCGGAAAAUCAACAGUGAUCUCGUUAAUACAAAGAUUUUAUGAUCUAGAUUCAGGUCACAUUACACUUGAUGGAAAAGAAAUCCAAAGUCUACAAGUGAAAUGGCUAAGACAACAAAUGGGUCUAGUAAGCCAAGAGCCUGUUCUUUUCAAUGAUACAAUCAGAGCCAAUAUUGCAUAUGGAAAAGGAGGAGAUGCAUCAGAAGCAGAGAUUAUAGCUGCAGCAGAAUUAGCAAAUGCUCACAAGUUUAUUAGUAGUUUGCAAAAGGGUUAUGAUACAAUAGUAGGAGAGAGAGGAGUUCAAUUAUCCGGGGGACAGAAACAGCGUGUGGCAAUUGCGAGAGCUAUAGUGAAGAAUCCAAAAAUACUAUUACUAGAUGAAGCAACUAGUGCACUUGAUGCUGAGUCUGAGAAGGUGGUUCAAGAUGCACUUGAUCGUGUUAUGGUGGAGCGGACGACAAUAAUAGUAGCUCAUAGGUUAUCAACUAUUAAGGGUGCAGAUUUAAUUGCAGUAGUUAAGAAUGGUGUUAUAGCAGAAAAAGGAAAACAUGAAGCAUUGCUCCAUAAGGGUGGUGACUAUGCUUCUUUAGUAGCAUUACACAUAAGUGCUUCUACAUCUUAGACACCCAAAUUUUAAGCUUUUUCAUGAUACACAUAGUUGUUUGUGAUUUUGUCCUUCUCCAUGUUUAGUUAAGUUUAAAUACCCAGCUCUCUGAUGGCUUUAUUUAUAUGUAAUAGUUAUGAUUUUCCUUUUUCUUGAUAUUGAAUAAGUGAUAAAGAAGGUUUCCAUUGUUUCUUGAA